AUGGAUGGACCACCACCCCCUCCGCCGCCCCAUGGCGAGAACCCUCAUACCACCGAAGGCGAAUACCGCAAAGCUUCCGACUUGCCAGAUGGGAACUACGAUAUCUUCGUCAUCCCCCCACACUCCUCCGGCUCCGGCUUCCUUUAUCUCCCAUCCUUGCAAACCAAUCGCAACAGCUUCUUCGCAGGUGCCGCAAGUACAAUGCUAUUGGUCAUAGCCUGGUCUUUAAUUUCACCGGCGGUCAAAACUUGGUACAUUGCUGCUGUCUCCUCUAACGGCAGUGGACAUAGUACCAUGGCAAUGAUUGUGGUGGCUUUUGGAGUAGGUAUUGCCGGCUGGGUGGCCGGAUUAUCGCAGUCGCAGAUGGACGGCUUCUUUGGAGGAAAGGGCGGAGGCUCCCCUGGAGGCCCUGGAACUGGUGGGUCCAACGCCAACAGUCAGUCCAAUGCCAAUCAAGGCAAUGGGCAGCAGAAUCAUAGUGGACAGCAGCAGUAUAACCCCGGAUCGGGACAACAGCGACAGCGAUAUAGUGGAAACUAUGGAGGACCGAAGCCGGGCAAUCAGUACACCGGCAAUCAAAACCAAAGUAACGCGGAUCCCCCUCCAAAUCCAGAAGAAGAGAAGGAAAAGGAAAGGGAACGCGAAAGACAGAAGGAAAGAGAGAGAGAGGAGAGAGAAAAAGAGAGGGAAAGGGAGAGGAAAGAAAGAGAGCAGGAGAAGGAGAAGGAGAAGGAGAGGGAGAGGGAGAGGGAGAAAGAAAGGGAAAGACAAAAAGAAAGGGAAAGGGAGGAGAGGGAGAAGGAGAAGCAGAGAGCCGAAAAAGAGCGCGAGCGUGAAGAGGCCAAGCGCAAAGAGGAUCUGCGCCGAAAGAUGGAUGAGUUCAAGCGCAAGCGAGAACAAGAGGCCAAGGAGAAGCAAAGAGCAGCAGAGCGCGAGGCUAUGGAAAAAGAAUUGAAGGAGCGCCGCGAACAGCUUGAACGAGAGAUGGCAGCCGCCAAGGCAGCUGCGGAGAAAGAAGCUCGCGAACGCUUAGAGAAAGAAGCCGCCGAGGCGCGCGCAAAGCAUGAAAAAGAGGCUGCUGAAGCCAAGGCUGAGGCCGAAAGGCUCACUGCCGAAGCAAAGGCAACAACCGACCGGCUGGCGAGAGAGGCAAAAGAAAGAGCUGCCAAAGAGGCUGCCGAGAAAGAGGCUGCAGCUAAGGCAGCCGCUCAAAAGGAGGCCAUGGCCAAAUUCGCUGCUCUCAAAGAAGCUGCCGCGAAGAGAUAUGCCGAGAAAAAAGCCCAGGAGGCUAAAGAGAAGGCAGCAGACAGCAAACCUGCUGCUCCUGCGAGUGCUACCAGUGCUCCUCGAACACCUUCCCCCACGAAACGACCACCUUUCCCAACUGCCAGGACCACCGUGGAGGAAGACGAUGCCUAUUCAUUUCGACCCUACGAUCGUCCACGACGGCCGUACGGUGGUGCAUCUGGGUCUUCUGCAUACUCCGAAUCAUCAUAUGCGCCAUCUCACUCAACAGCUCGGACAACACCUCCACCAUCAACUCGCAGCGCAUACUCCACCAAGGAUCCUGACAAGAUCGUGAUUCAAGGAGUUUACCAAUUCAACAACGCCUUUAUGAAGACCCCAGUUUCUCAACUUGUCUCGGGUCAGGGCAUGGUAACGGACGGCCUCGUGCUGCGCAUCACAACCGAGGGGCUCUUCGUCGAUGACGACCUUCGAGGAGUUGGUCAGCGUGAAUGGGACGUAAAGGCCUGGACUCUAAAGCUGACAGAGGUGUGGUGUCCCCAAAUGGGCGCACCACCCGCUAAGCCAGGCUCCAGUAAUCCCUUCUCCUUCCGUCGCGGCGGUGCCCACUCGGUACCCACCAGCGAAGAGUCCGAUGCCUUCCUUAACAACCUGCUCAAGGUCUGCAAGAAUACAUGUCGCCUAGCAUCUCCAAGUGCAUGUUUCGCUCGCAGCGCCAAUGCCAAUGGAAACAACGAGGCACGUGCUCCCCAGUCCGAGUUCCGUGGUCUCCACGUUCUUCGCGCCAGUGUACGCGAUCAAGAAGGGAAACGAUACGUUUUCGUGCUGCAGGACACUGAAGCCUGGAAGGUCGCCAUUGGCCUCCAGCGUCUCCGUGCUGGAGCUCUUGUCCGUAACCUAGGUGUCACCGCUCUGUCCAUCUCAGACCGCAAGAGCGUUCUCGGCGGCCUUGGAUACGUCUAA